GAGAGGGAAAGAGAGACAGAGAGAGAUAGAGAUAGAAGAAAAGAGACGCUUUUCGUACGGACAGAGACCGCCCCUGGCUCGCGCGAGCUAUUUCGUAACGGUGCUUCGUACAGCCAGAGUCGACACGCAAGCACGACUGCUCGUGAGUCGUAAUAUCGACGUAAACGUCCACGCGGAAUGCGGCCUCCUCGAGGUGGACGACGCCAUCGUCUCUAAUCGUCGUCGCUGCAAACGCCGCCACCGGCGUCGUCGAUCGUCGUCGUCGUCGUCGUCGUCGCCGUCGCCGUCGCCGCCGCCGCCGUCGUCGUCGUCGUCGUCGAUCGUCGUCGUCGUCGUCGUCGUCGUCGACGUCGUCCGGGAAAUCGGGGCACGAACGUGAAGUACAAUCGUUCAAGACGACGACGAGUUCACCCUACAAAUACUUAGAGUGCCUCCGAGUACGAUUCCCAACAUGUCGUCAGGGACUUUCGUCGAUCGGAUAGAUCCCUUCGCUAAGCGAUCGCUUAAGAAGAAGUCGAAGAAGUCCCAGAGUUCCUCGCGAUAUAGAAACUCACAGGACGUCGAGCUACAACAGCUACCACAGCUCAAAGAUGUUACGCCGUCAGAGCAAGAAGAUUUGUUUAUUAGAAAACUUCGACAAUGUUGUGUGGCGUUCGAUUUUAUGGAUCCUAUGGCGGAUCUCAAGGGGAAGGAAAUUAAACGCAGCACCCUCAACGAAUUGGUGGAAUAUAUCACGGCUGGACGAGGCGUUCUUACCGAACCUGUUUACCCAGAAAUCAUUAAGAUGAUAUCAGCGAAUCUUUUCCGUACGUUGCCACCUAGUGAAAAUCCAGACUUUGAUCCAGAAGAAGAUGAUCCAACACUGGAGGCGAGCUGGCCCCACCUUCAGUUGGUUUAUGAAUUCUUUCUUCGUUUUCUCGAGUCUUCAGACUUCCAACCUGCCAUUGGCAAGAAAGUUAUUGACCAAAAAUUUGUUUUACAAUUAUUGGAAUUAUUCGACUCGGAAGAUCCUAGGGAAAGAGACUUUCUCAAGACCGUUUUACAUCGUAUUUACGGCAAGUUCCUUGGUCUUCGAGCGUUCAUACGCAAACAAAUUAAUAACAUUUUUCUGAGGUUCGUCUAUGAGACGGAACACUUUAAUGGUGUAGGUGAACUUCUCGAAAUUCUUGGUAGUAUCAUUAACGGAUUUGCUCUACCUUUAAAAGUAGAGCACAAACAGUUUUUGAUUAAGGUGUUACUACCAUUACACAAAGUGAAGUGUUUAUCACUCUAUCAUGCACAGUUAGCUUAUUGCGUUGUACAAUUCUUGGAGAAAGACGCAACCUUAACGGAACCAGUUGUACGAGGCCUCCUUAAGUUCUGGCCUAAGACGUGCAGCCAGAAGGAGGUAAUGUUCCUUGGUGAGAUUGAGGAAAUUCUUGAUGUCAUAGAACCUAGCCAAUUUGUUAAAAUCCAAGAGCCUUUGUUCAGGCAAAUCGCACGUUGCGUAUCCUCGCCGCAUUUCCAGGUCGCAGAGAGAGCAUUGUACUUCUGGAAUAACGAGUAUAUAAUGUCGCUAAUCGAGGAGAACAAUCAUGUAAUAAUGGCGAUCAUGUUCCCCGCAUUGUAUAAAAUUAGCAAGGAGCAUUGGAAUCAGACGAUCGUAGCACUUGUUUAUAAUGUACUCAAAACGUUUAUGGAGAUGAACAGCAAGCAAUUCGAUGAACUUACUGCCAGCUAUAAGUCUGAAAGGCAAAAAGAAAAGAAAAGGGAAAAGGAGAGAGAAGAAUUAUGGAAAAAAUUAAACGAACUCGAAAUAGAGCGACGCAGUGCACUAACAGAAACAUCCAACAAUUCUGUUCCUGCCACGACUGCACCUGCGACGCGAACCCGCCCCUGAGCUAGUGGACAUACACUAUUACGCUGCCCAAUUAUUAGUCCUUAGUUUACGUCGAUUGUCCAUACACUACAUGCAAGAAAUUAUCGUUGUUAGAAAGAAAGAGACGGAAGGAAGGAAAGAGAAAGAAAAGAAGAGAGAAAGAAACAAAUAUCUCACGAUGGCAUUCUUGACGUAAAAUACAAUUCCUUUCGUUACAGUCUCGUCCGGAAGGCAAAAUGGAGUUCGUAAAAAAAAAAUAUAUAUAUAUAUAUGAAAGAAAGAAAGAAAGAAAGAAAAAAAGAA